AUGGCACACCCGGAUGGCGGAAGUUGCGCUGUACUAUGAGCCUUAUGUGCAAAUUAAUGAAUGCUACUGCAGCGUAAAAAUAUUAGUACAGUUAAACACCCUAUCUGAUUUCCUGCAGUUACGUCGGCAGUUUUAACAGUAGAGGAGCGGACAGGCAUUGGUGAGUGGAAUUACUGCGCUGCCGAAGAUACAAUCAUGACUCCAUCAGUGCGUUUGCAGGAAAUGAUCCGGGUGAUCCGAAGUGCUCGGACCCAAUGUGAAGAGAGGGGCAUCAUCCAAAGAGAGUGUGCAGAUAUCCGGGCACAGUUUCGCCAGGGUGACAAUGGGGAGCGUUCGCACAGCCUGGCCAAACUACUUUACAUGCACAUGCUGGGCUACCCUGCACACUUUGGCCAGAUGGAGUGUGUUCGCCUGAUUGCCAGCACCAGGUACAGUGAGAAACGGAUUGGUUACCUGGGAGCCAUGAUGCUACUGGAUGAGAAGCAGGAUGCUAGCUUACUGAUUACCAAUUCAAUCAAGAAUGACCUUUCUCACAGCAGCCAGUUUGUCCAGUCUCUGGCUCUAUGCACUCUGGCCUGUAUGGGCUCAGCUGAGAUGUGUCGAGACUUGGCACCAGAGAUCGAACGGCUCCUCAGAGCAUCUACCUCCUAUAUUAAGAAAAAGGCCACCCUGUGUGCUGUCCACAUAAUAAGAAAAGUUCCAGAGCUCGGAGAGCUGUUCACUCCUUCAGCAAGGUCACUACUCUGUGAGAAGAACCAUGGGGUUUUGCAUGGUGCUAUAGUUCUAAUUACUGAAUUGUGUGUGCAGAAUCCUGAAACUCUUGGUCAGUUUCGAAAGGCUGUUCCUGAAAUGGUCCAGAUUAUGAAAGGUCUUGUAACAUCCAGUUAUUCUCCAGAGCACAAUGUAGCUGGUAUCAGUGACCCCUUCCUACAGGUGCGCAUUCUUAGGUUGUUAAGGAUUCUGGGUCACAAAAAUGACACUGCUAGUGAUGCCAUGAAUGAUUUGCUGGCACAGGUGGCCACAAAUACAGAGAGCAGUAAGACUGCAGGCAGUGCUGUGCUGUAUGAAACAGUCCUAACUAUCAUGGACAUCAACUCUGAGAGUGGCCUUAGGGUGUUAGCUGUAAACAUUCUGGGGAGGUUUCUUCUUAAUAAUGACAGGAAUAUUCGCUAUAUAUCAAUGACAUCACUCCAGAAGAUUGUGCAGACAGAUCACAAUGCAGUGCAGCGGCACAGAGGCACCAUUGUUGACUGCCUGAAAGAUCAAGAUUCCACAGUGAAACGUCGUGCUUUGGAACUCUCACUUGCACUGGUCUCGGCUGUGAACAUUCGCUCCAUGAUGAAGGAGCUUCUCAUUUUUCUUUCAACCUGCCCCCCAGAGCUACGAUCUCACACCACUUCUGGCAUAUUCAAUGCCGCAGAAAGGUAUUCGCCUUCUAAGCGCUGGCACAUUGAUACCAUCCUGCAUGUGCUCACCACGGCAGGGGGCGAUGUAAGAGAUGAGACUGUGCCCAACCUAAUCCAGCUUAUCACCACUGCAUCUGAACUUCACUGUUACACUGUUCACAAGCUCUAUAGAGCGCUGGUAAAAGAUAUUUCACAGCAAUCCUUGGUCCAGGUAGCAUGUUGGUGCAUAGGGGAGUAUGGAGACAUGCUGCUGAAGGGAGAGUGUGAGGAGAUAACACCUGUACAGGUUACGGAGGAUGAUGUCCUGGAUGCCUUAAAAACAGUUCUACAGUCUCACAUGUCAUCUCCAACAACCAGAGGCUUUGCACUCACUGCUACCAUGAAGCUGAGCACUCGCAUCACAGAAAAUGUCGACCGAAUCCGAAGCAUUGUCAGCAUCUAUGGCAGCUGCAUUGACUUAGAACUUCAGCAGAGGGCAGUGGAGUAUAAUGCGCUAUUCAAGAAAUAUGACCAUAUGAGAGCUGCAGUGUUGGAAAGAAUGCCUGUGAUGGAUAAAAACUCACCUGGCCACACCAACGGAGACACAUUUGCAAAGACUAUUAAGGAGCCUGACCCAUCCAAAUCAGCAGAGGAAGGUUUUUCCCCAGAACCAGCAAGCCAGGUAUAUGACCUUCUGGGUCUUCUGGGUGAGACCAAUACACCUCCUCAGCCCAGCCCAGCCCCAACCAGCACUCCACCAACAUCAACUUCUAGUGCUGAUAUACUUGACCUUCUUGGAGAACUGGAGCUUACAUCAGUUCCCAAAUCCACUGUGACUGUAUAUGAGAAGAACGGAGUGAGUCUGAAACUACAAUGUGACAAACAGACAGACACGGAUGUCACUGUCACCCUUAUUGCCUCCAAUUCCUCACAGAGUGACAUCACCAACUUUACCCUCCAGGCAGCAGUACCUAAGAGUGUUCAGCUGCAAAUGAAAGCUCCAAGUGGAAAUGUGAUUCCAGCUCAAGGACUGGGUCAAGUCACACAGACUGUUUUACUCAACAACCCUAACAAGGUGAUCCUGAAAAUACGGGUUCGAAUGUCUUAUUCUAAUCAGGGCAUGAUGUUUCAGGACACAGUACAGAUCGACUCCUUUCCUAGCCCUGCUUGGAAUUGUCAGCCAUCAAUCAGUCCCUUGUGACAGACCUAAAUGAGU